UCCAGGUUGGGAGCAGUUCAGUCCGUUUCCCCACUACCCCGCCCCCCCUUCCUCUUUUCUCCCCACCCCUCGCGUCUCAGCCCGGUGGAGGAUGAAGCGGCUGCAGUGGCCCCAGCCCCAGCAGCGGCACCGGCGGUGGCUGCGGUGGGGGUGGCCGGAACUGGGGUGGUGAAGAAGCGGUGGCGGCGGCGGCCGUGGCGGUGGCUGAAGGAGCAGCAGCCGCCCCAGCCGCUUCCCCUGUGCUUCCCUUCCUCUUGAGUGCAGUCAGGAAGUUUUUCGCUUCUGUGCAUGUGUGUGUGCGUGAGUGUGGGUGUGUAAGGUGAAGAUUUGGGCGGCGUUUGUGCAGGCGUUGGGUUUUUUGCCCACUUCUCUUCCCGUAACCCGGGUAGCUCCCGAGCCUGGGCUGUGGCCCGAAGAGGGGGCGCGGCGGCGGGCUCUCUCCUUUUGUUGUUGUUUCCUCCGCCUGGGGAGCUGAAGAGGGGACGCGCCUGGGUGGGGCGGCUCGGAGCCCGGGCCUGGUGGCCCCCGGGGCUCCCGGGCGGGCAGGGUAGGGCAGAGUAGAGCGGGCUUCAACAUGAUGGCGGCCGAGGCCGGCAGUGAGGAGGGCGGCCCGGUCACCGCCGGGGCAGCAGGAGGCGGCGGGGCCGCGGGCUCCAGUGCCUAUCCGGCAGUGUGUCGGGUGAAGAUACCCGCCGCCCUGCCUGUGGCAGCCGCCCCCUUUCCUGGGCUGGCGGAGGCUGGAGUGGCCGGGACUCUGGGUGGCGGAGCCGCUUUGGGGUCAGGGUUCCUGGGACCCGGGUCUGUGGCGGGGGCACUGGGGGGAGCCGGACUGUCAGGGGGAGGUGCUGCUGCUGGCGUGGCUGGUGCUGCCGCCGCCGGACCUGGUGGGGAGAUGGCUCUCACCAAGGGGACCACUUCGUUGCCUGCUGAGACCUUCGGGGCAGGCGGCGGAUUCCCUCCAUUGCCGCCUCCUCCUCAGCUGCCCCCUUUGGGCGCGGGCCUGGGAACAGUGGACGAAGGUGACUCUCUGGAUGGACCAGAAUACGAGGAGGAAGAGGUGGCCAUCCCGCUUACCGCUCCGCCAACUAACCAGUGGUAUCAUGGAAAACUUGAUAGAACUAUAGCAGAAGAACGCCUCAGGCAGGCAGGGAAGUCCGGCAGUUACCUUAUAAGAGAGAGUGAUCGGAGGCCAGGGUCCUUUGUACUUUCAUUUCUUAGCCAGACAAAUGUUGUCAACCAUUUUAGGAUUAUUGCUAUGUGUGGGGAUUACUACAUUGGUGGAAGACGUUUUUCUUCUCUGUCAGACCUAAUAGGUUAUUACAGUCAUGUUUCCUGUUUGCUUAAAGGAGAAAAAUUGCUUUAUCCAGUUGCACCGCCAGAGCCAGUAGAAGAUAGAAGGCGUGUUCGAGCCAUUCUCCCUUACACAAAAGUACCAGACACUGAUGAAAUAAGUUUCUUAAAAGGAGAUAUGUUCAUUGUUCAUAACGAGUUAGAAGAUGGAUGGAUGUGGGUUACAAAUCUAAGAACAGAUGAACAAGGUCUUAUUGUUGAAGACCUAGUAGAAGAGGUGGGCCGGGAAGAAGAUCCACAUGAAGGCAAAAUAUGGUUCCAUGGGAAAAUUUCCAAACAAGAAGCUUAUAAUUUACUAAUGACAGUUGGUCAAGUCUGCAGUUUUCUUGUGAGGCCAUCAGAUAAUACUCCUGGUGACUAUUCACUUUAUUUUCGGACCAAUGAAAAUAUUCAGCGAUUUAAAAUAUGUCCAACACCAAACAAUCAGUUUAUGAUGGGAGGCCGAUAUUAUAACAGCAUUGGGGACAUCAUAGAUCACUAUCGAAAAGAACAAAUUGUUGAAGGGUAUUAUCUUAAGGAACCUGUACCAAUGCAGGAUCAAGAACAAGUACUCAAUGAUACAGUGGAUGGCAAGGAAAUUUAUAAUACAAUUCGUCGUAAAACAAAGGAUGCCUUUUAUAAAAACAUUGUUAAAAAAGGUUAUCUUCUAAAAAAAGGCAAAGGAAAAAGGUGGAAAAACUUAUAUUUUAUCUUAGAGGGCAGUGAUGCCCAACUUAUUUAUUUUGAAAGUGAAAAACGAGCUACAAAACCAAAAGGAUUAAUAGAUCUCAGCGUGUGUUCUGUCUAUGUUGUUCAUGAUAGUCUCUUUGGCAGGCCAAACUGUUUUCAGAUAGUGGUUCAGCACUUUAGUGAAGAACAUUACAUCUUCUACUUCGCAGGAGAAACUCCAGAACAAGCAGAGGACUGGAUGAAAGGUCUGCAGGCAUUUUGCAAUUUACGGAAAAGUAGUCCAGGGACAUCUAAUAAACGCCUGCGUCAGGUCAGCAGUCUUGUUUUACAUAUUGAAGAAGCCCAUAAACUCCCAGUGAAACAUUUUACUAAUCCAUAUUGUAACAUCUACCUGAAUAGUGUCCAGGUAGCAAAAACUCAUGCAAGGGAAGGGCAAAACCCUGUAUGGUCAGAAGAGUUUGUCUUUGAUGAUCUUCCUCCUGACAUCAACAGAUUUGAAAUAACUCUUAGUAAUAAAACGAAGAAAAGCAAAGAUCCUGAUAUCUUAUUCAUGCGCUGCCAGUUAAGCCGGUUGCAGAAAGGGCAUGCCACAGAUGAAUGGUUUUUGCUCAGCUCCCAUAUACCAUUGAAAGGUAUUGAGCCAGGAUCCCUGCGCGUCCGAGCACGAUAUUCUAUGGAGAAAAUCAUGCCAGAAGAAGAGUACAGCGAAUUUAAAGAGCUUAUACUGCAAAAGGAGCUUCAUGUAGUCUAUGCUUUAUCACAUGUAUGUGGACAGGACCGAACACUACUGGCUAGCAUCCUACUGAGGAUUUUUCUUCAUGAAAGGCUUGAAUCGUUGUUGUUAUGUACACUAAAUGACAGAGAAAUAAGCAUGGAAGAUGAAGCCACUACCCUAUUUCGAGCUACAACACUUGCAAGUACCUUGAUGGAGCAGUAUAUGAAAGCCACUGCUACACAAUUUGUUCAUCACGCUUUGAAAGACUGUAUCUUAAAGAUAAUGGAAAGCAAGCAGUCUUGCGAGUUGAGUCCAUCAAAGUUAGAAAAAAAUGAAGAUGUGAACACUAAUUUAGCACACCUAUUGAACAUACUUUCAGAGCUUGUGGAGAAAAUAUUCAUGGCUUCAGAAAUACUUCCACCGACACUGAGGUAUAUUUAUGGGUGUUUACAGAAAUCUGUUCAGCACAAGUGGCCUACAAAUACCACCAUGAGAACAAGAGUUGUUAGUGGUUUUGUUUUUCUUCGACUUAUCUGUCCUGCCAUCCUGAACCCACGGAUGUUUAAUAUCAUCUCAGAUUCCCCAUCUCCUAUUGCUGCAAGAACACUGAUAUUAGUGGCUAAGUCUGUGCAGAACUUAGCAAAUCUUGUGGAAUUUGGAGCUAAGGAGCCUUACAUGGAAGGUGUCAAUCCAUUCAUCAAAAGUAACAAACAUCGUAUGAUCAUGUUUUUAGAUGAACUUGGGAAUGUACCUGAACUUCCGGACACUACAGAGCAUUCUAGAACUGACCUUUCCCGUGAUUUAGCAGCAUUGCAUGAGAUUUGUGUGGCCCAUUCAGAUGAACUGCGAACGCUCAGUAAUGAGCGUGGUGCACAGCAGCACGUACUGAAAAAGCUUCUGGCUAUAACAGAACUGCUUCAGCAAAAACAAAACCAGUAUACAAAAACUAAUGAUGUCAGGUAGCAACCUUCCACCCUUCGCCGCAGUGUUCUGCAUGGAUUCAGCAUGCCCAACAUGGUAAUUCACAUCAGUAUAAUGUCUCCUUUGCUCUUGCCAAAAAAUAGCACACCUUUCCACAUUCCAGUAAUGUGUGAACUAUGCAAACAAAACUCGAGAUUCUGCUGGUGAGUAACUGCGCCAGCAGCUUUGUAAGCUAUCUGUGCAGGAUAUUUGCACUUUUUCCACAUAUGGAAUCUUUACCAACCUCUGAGCCUUGGUGUACAGAUCACCUUUCACACAAUGCUAUGACCGUAUCUUGAACUUGGAAAAUAUAUUUUCAAUACAUUCAAUUGCCAAAGUUUUGCUGUCUCUUGGAAAAAGAACUAUGAAAAAAAGCAUUCUCUGUUGACAAUUGAGUAUAACUGGAUUGCGGACUGCUCUUACUGUUACUUCUUCCUGAAUUAGGAAUAUGACCGUUUGACUGUUCAAUGACUUUAUUUGUAUUUACAGUUUCCAGAGUUUACCAUUACAAUAGGAACAAUCUUUGCUGUAUACUUUUUUAAAAUAACUGCUAUUUCUCUUUGCUGGAACUGUUGAAAGAAAAUAUAUAGAAUGGAUCUAUUGCUCAUCAGCUUUAUUUUUUAAACAUACCACUUAUUUUGUUCGAAUUGUCAAAGACUGUAUUUAGAUCUCAUAAUGCUUUUUUGUUAAAUGUUUACAACAGUAAAUAGUUUGAAUUCAAUAAAUAUUAUUGGUCACUGUGUACUGAUCAACGCAUGUUACCCAUUCAACCGUUUUAUAGAUUACCGAUUUAUAUGUUUAAAAAUCCUAGAAUGCUUUCAUUGAAAGUAUUCGUUAAUUCCAAGUUGAUUUUUUAAAUUAUGCAAACAAUUUCAUCAUCAGCCCCUGAACAGCUAUCCAUCUUUGCCCUUCUGACUACUUGUUGUAUCUGCUGGAUAUUUAGUUUGACUGUAUAGUUUUAUUUGCUUCUGUAUGUGUAUUUUUGUGAAGUAUUCACAAGGGUUAAGUUAAAAUAAAACCAAGGGAUAUAAAUAUCUGAUUACUUCUGUCUAAAUACAGCUAAACAUUUAAUAAUUUCAUUAUUUUCUUCCUCCUUUUAGGGGGCAGUUCAAAUUUAGUACCAGAGCAAGGCCCAGGGAGAUGAGAUUUUUUUUUCUGGCUGAUGGUCUCUUUUGAAGGAUUCCAUUAUGUAUUUGUUAACGAUUCAUUCCCUCCCAUAAAACUGUGCAGGGGAGAGAAGGCAUACAGAGAGCCAGACAGGGAUGUACUGGGAAAAGCAUUUCCCCAGUAAAAAAAGAAAAUUUUCUAAAGGCCUAGGUUCUAAGAGCAACACUUUGUUUCUUCCUGUAUUUAUUUUAAGCAUUCAUGUGUUAAAACUAUACUAUGCAGAAAUUUUGUGAACCCUCAGCUGCAAGUAUUAAAUGCUGUUAUUUGUAUAGAGGUAGCUAGACCUGAAGUAGCUGCGAUCACAGUUGAACAGUGAUAGCAAAACACUAACAAACACACCAGGUGCUCCUUUUUCUUGAUGUCAACCUAAUUCCAUCUUUUCCCCUCUGCUUUUCAGUUAGUUAGUUAGACAAUAGUAUGCCAUUUGGUCUCCUUCCAGGAUAGACUAGAAGGGAUAUGGACAUCUCCAAAAACAUUUCAACAAUAUGCAAAAAGGUCGAUUCUAGUGCUCAGCAAUUUGUUCUCUCCCACUACUCACAUCUCAGUUUUUAAACCAUACUGACCUGCUAUUUCUCAAUCUGAAUUGCUUCUCCUGCCUUUUAUUUCUAAAAAAACCCACAAACCUAAAGACACUCUGCUUUUUUUUAUCUUAAUGACAUGCUUAUUAUUUCUUAAGCUGGAAUAGGAAACUUACUUGUCAUUUACCUUUGUAGGCCUUGGAGUAACUUAGGUGGUCAAUGAUGAAAUGAAACCUCUAAACAUUUUUUUAAAGGGUAGGAAAAUUUUCAGAGAUAAAUGUGGACCAUGCUCUGACGCCAAACUUUAGUGACCUAAAAAAGAAACAAGAUAAAUUCCCAACAGUUUGCCUUUCUGUCUAGAGCCUGGCAGGACCACUGCUUCACCGGGACUGCAGUGAAGGACUGUCAAUUUUGGCUUCUUCCCUCCACUUUUAUAAAACCACACUUCAUGAAUUUUAUUCCUCAUUCCUCAAUGAGAAGGAAAUUAAAACAACGCAAACCUAAAAUUAAAGAAUUAUUAUUGAAGGAUAUGCAUAUAGUAAAUACUACCGUCAAAUACUGAAAUGUAAUUAAAUGGUACCUACACUUUAUGGAAAAGUACAUCCUGGGAUGCACUGACACUGAGGAGAGGUUUGCAUCUGUAAAACUUACUUAGAUUUAGGGCAAUUGAGUUUCUCAGAAUUCCUUCAACCCCAUUUUCCAGAAACAAUCUGACAGACCUUCAUACUCUGGUUCCAACUCUAGGAACUGAGUAAGAUCACAGUUAAAUAACUGAAUAAAUGCUAUAAUAGCCAACAUUCCUUAGCACUUUUAAAACUGACUACUAAGUUUUGUCUUUUGUGGUGCCUUUUUAAAAAAGGAUAAGUUUGCUUAAUGACAUCUUGUAUAAACAAUAUAGGCAAAUAAAUUACAGCUUUAAUUUGGCUACCAUAGAAAGACUGAUUUGAUAUUAGUCAUGGUGGGGCAAGAUUACCCAAACUAGGUGCUAUUCUGGCUCCUUUGAAGAUGUUUUACUUCACAUAAAGCUACCCUGAAAGGAAAAAAUUUUAAAUAACAUAAAUAGAAAAGUCUAAUAUAUUUUGAUGCUUUCACAUUACUUCAUUUUUGAAGUUAAAUGCCAGAUAUGCUUCAUCCUUCUGUUGAUUAGUUAGCAUUGACAAAUCAAUUUCAGAUGUUUAGAGGGAAUCUACCAGGUCAUCGUCAGUCCAUUCUUCCUAAGAAGGAAAGAAAAUGUUUGUUAUAAGGAUAACACUAUACUGAAGCAUAACCAGUACUGUUUACUUUCUUGCCUCCUUGCCUCCCUUUAGGAAAAUGUUCUCCUUUCCCUAUGCUGAUUAUAAAAG